AUGACCAAUCUGUUACUCUUGAUGAUCUCUGCCACCAUAGUUGUGACUGCUUCUGGUCUCACAAUAGACGUAGAGGGCCCAAUUAAUGGUCCGUGUUCGCUCUGCCCAAAAGGAGCUCCCGGUCCCCCUGGCCCAACGGGAGAUGUCGGCCUGCCUGGAAGAGAUGGCCGAGAUGGGAGGGACGCCUCGUGCAAUGUCCAACAACCAGUCAAAAGUAGUGGCGUUGUGUACAUACGAUGGGGAAAAGAUGUUUGCAUUAAUGGAUCAGAACUUGUUUAUGCUGGUACUGCAGCAGGAGCUCACUACUUACAUUCAGGAGGUGGUGCUGAAUAUCUGUGUAUGCCACCUGAUCCCAUUUAUGAUGAAUAUCAGUCCGGUGCUCUUCGCGCUCUGCUGUACUCGGCCGAAUAUGAGACAGAAACCUCCAUAAAUCGCCUGCGUGAUCUCCACGAUUACACCCCAAAGUGUGCAGUUUGUAGGGCGCCCUCUGGUCGAUCUACCAAAUUGAUGAUCCCUGCGCGUAACAAGUGCCCUUCUGACGAGUGGCGCCUGGAGUACAGUGGUUACCUCAUGUCAGCCUAUCAAACCCACAAACGUUCUAAGUUUGUCUGUUUUGAUCAUGACAUGGAAGCACAGCCUGGAACACCCGGAGACCAAAAUGGGGCUCUCUUCUACACGGUAUCAGCUGUAUGUGGGUCAUCAACUGGGCUUCCGUGUGAUCCCUAUAUUGACGAUCAGGAACUCACAUGUGCAGUGUGUACGAUUUAGAAUUUUGUUAGAAUUUGUUAAGAUCGGUGAUGAUGGACCAUACCUUAGACUAGAGUUAUAAUAAUGCGUGUUAUAAAGUACAGCUAUCGGAACAUUCAGCGAUCAAAGGAAUGUCUAAUUAGGCUACUCACCACUCACUAUAUAACUGAGUUCAUUUGGUUGCCCCCACUGCUACUUUAAUCUGCAAAACCCCAAAUGCUUGUAAUUCAUUAUGUCUGUUAAUAGCCUGUGCA